GCAGAAGAGUUCCAAUACAGAGCCUGUGCAUGUGCGCUUCUCGUCGAUGUGAUCUUCUCCUGAUGAUGUAACAUAUCUUUAUACUAAGAAUUACACUGUAGAAGCAAGAAAUGUGACUACCGGUAUGUUAGGUAAUUAAAUGAGCAUUUUUGGAGAUCAGAGUUGACUGUAUCGUGUCAUGUCUGGGAUGGAGCGUCAGACUAGUACAGAGAAGCUGGCCUUUGUGUCAAUGCUGUCUGGGGAGUUACAGGAGGUGCCUGAACAUGCCAGGUUAGGAAAAUGCAGAGGUGUGACAGACUUUGAGAAGCUGAGCAGAGUUGGAGAAGGCACUUAUGGAAUUGUUUAUAAAGCCAGGGACAUCAGAUCUGAUGCUACUGUUGCCUUAAAGAAGAUGAGGAUGGAGAGAGAAAAAGAUGGGAUUCCUAUCAGUGGACUUAGGGAGAUAGAUAUCCUGUUGAACCUUCGUCAUGACAACAUUGUGGAGUUACGAGAAGUUGCAGUCGGAAAAAGUUUAGACAGUAUAUUUCUGGUGAUGGACUAUUGUGAGCAGGACUUGGCAUCACUUCUAGACAACAUGUCGGCACCUUUCUCUGAAGCCCAGGUGAAGUGUAUUAUGAUACAGGUGCUGAAAGGCCUGCGCUAUAUGCAUGAAAACUUUAUUGUCCACAGAGAUCUGAAGGUGUCCAAUCUUCUGAUGACAGACAAAGGCAGUGUCAAAAUAGCUGACUUUGGCUUGGCAAGGAAGUAUGGUCUACCCCUGAAGCCAAUGACACCAAGAGUCGUUACUUUGUGGUACAGAGCACCAGAACUACUGCUGGGCACCAAGGAGCAGACAGUGGCCAUAGACAUGUGGUCUGUGGGAUGUAUCUUUGGCGAGCUGCUGGCACACCGCCCCCUGUUACCAGGGCGAUCAGAUAUCCAUCAAAUAGAACUCAUCAUUGAGAUGUUCGGCACACCCAGUGAAGCUAUCUGGCCUGGUUUCGAUGAAUUACCUGUGUUAGAAAAUAUCAGUCUGAAGAAGCAGCCGUAUAACAAUCUAAAACACAUGUUUUCCUGGCUUACUGACGCUGGAAUACGACUUCUCAACUUCCUGUUUAUGUAUGACCCACUGAAACGGGCCUCAGCUGAAGACAGCUUAGACAGCUCAUACUUCAAGGAGCAGCCGUAUCCCUGUGACCCAGAGCUGAUGCCAACCUUCCCCCAGCACAGACUCAAGAGAAAGGCAGCACCCGGAGAAAAGUCAGAGGAAAGAAAACAAAAGAGGAACUCUGGAUCCUUUCAAGACUUUGGUAAUACAUCAUCUGCUAAGAAGAAAAAAGUGUGAUGCAAUGUAACUUACCAAGAUAGUUAAGAAGAUUUUUCAUUACAGCCAUAUAAUGUGGCCCCGAGUCCUAGUGCAGAUGUACUGAAUAUCAUAUGCUGACUAAUCCUUCAUGUGUCAGAUAAUUGCUGUUUAUAUGGAAUCAUGUUGUUAACUACAGCAUUUGUGUUAGAUAAUGGGACACAUCAGAGACAGGACUGCAUUGACAACUGUCUUGAUAACUGAGCACAAUUCUGACAACAAGACCCCAGAUGACAGUGAUUUAAAGUGCAAAGAAUUGCUAGUCAUGUCACAAAUGACAAGCGUCUUGUGGCGGCGACUCCAAUAAUCUCACCAAACUUCAAACGAGAGUGGUAUAGAGGAAGACAGACUGCUUAAGCCGAGGACUUGUGAUACUCCAUUCUAUUGACAAACAUAUGCAUGGUGAUGUAACAUGUACAUGAGCAAUGAUGUCAAUAAAAUAAGAUAUUUUUUAUAUAUUGA